GGGCGGAGCCCGGCGGCACUGCUCCCGGGGGGGCGUGGAAGCAGCCGCAGAGGCCUGGGAGAGCCGCUGCGCUGCUAGGGCGCGGCCCGUCUUCCUCCGGUGGAGUAGGGCGCACCCCGCCGCCAUGAGCUGGGACUUUCUGCUUUUGCUGCUGGCGCUGUUCGCGCUGCUGGCGUUCGUGGUGCAGCUGCUGCGCUUCCUGCGGGCUGAUGGGGACCUGACCCUGCUGUGGGCCGAGUGGCAGGGGCGACGUCCAGAAUGGGAGCUGACUGACAUGGUGGUGUGGGUGACUGGAGCAUCGAGUGGAAUUGGUGAGGAGCUGGCUUACCAGCUGUCUAAACUAGGAGUUUCUUCCUUGGUGCUGUCCGCCAGAAGAGUGCAGGAGCUGGAAAGGGUGAAAAGAAGGUGCCUUGAGAAUGGCAAUUUAAAAGGAAAAGAUAUACUUGUUUUGCCCCUUGACCUGACUGACAUAAGUUCACACGAAGUGGCUACCAAAACCGUUCUCCAGGAGUUUGGUAAAAUCGACAUUCUGGUCAACAAUGGUGGAAAGUCCCAGCGUUCUCUCUGUGUGGAAACCAGCCUGGAUGUCUACAAGGAGCUCAUAAAGCUUAACUACUUAGGGACAGUGUCCUUGACAAUGUGUGUUCUGCCUCACAUGAUCGAGAGGAAACAAGGAAAGAUUGUUACUGUGAAUAGCUUCAUGGGUAUCGUAUCUAUGCCCCUUUCUAGUGGAUAUUGUGCCAGCAAACAUGCUCUUCGGGGUUUUUUUAACAGCCUUCGAGCUGAACUCUUCGAAUACCCAGGUAUAGUAGUGUCUAACAUUUUCCCAGGACCUGUGCAAUCAAAUAUUGUGAAGAAUGCCCUAACUAAUGAUGUCACACAGUCUGUAGGUAGCGACCCAGACCAGCCCAACAAGAUGGCCACCAGCCGUUGUGUGCGACUGAUGCUGGUCAGCAUGGCCAAUGACCUGAAGGAAGUUUGGAUUGGAGAGCAGCCUUUUCUGUUGGUGGCAUAUCUGUGGCAGUAUAUGCCAACCUGGGGCAUGUGGCUAAUGAACAUACUGGGGAAGAAAAUCAUUAAGAACUUUAUGGGUGGUCUGGGUACAUUUUCUUACAUAAACACCUGGAGGGCAAAACGUGACUGAUGGAGUACCUGAAUUUUCAAGCCACUGGAGGAAGAACCAGAAACCAUGAAAACACCCAUCUUCUCGUACGCAGAAGAGUAACUUGUGAUUUUACUUCUUAAUAGAAACUUUCUUUCCAACAUGUAAUAAACAACAAAUAAAAGAUUGCCAUGAAUCUUGCAA